GUCCGCUCUAAAACGGAGGGAACAAAAUAAAAUAAAAUAAAAACCGCCAUGGCACCGAGAACUUGAAUCCCAUUUAAAACAAGAAGAUUUUCAUUUUUCUCCCUCCAAAUUAUAAUGCAUUCAAGGCUUGGGUUUAUCUUAGCAUCAUGCUCCAAAAGAAGAAUUAGGCUUAAUACUUCUUCAUCAACACCAUCAUUUCCACUCUUCUCUACUCUCUCAUUAUCCUUGCCGUUAGUAUUACCGCCGGCGGCUGCUGGGGAGCGGUUAAUUAGAAGAGUUUUAAGUAUUUCUCUGUCCAAUUUAUUGUGCAAUUCGGCCACUCUUGCCAGUGGGUCCCUAGGCCGGAGCUAUUCUAGUUACGCCGUUGAACAGUUCUCUGAUGACGAGUACGAAUGCGAUUACGACAACCAGCCGGCAUCUUCGUCAGUGGCCAACAUUGAUGAAUGGAAGUGGAAACUUAGUAUGCUGUUGAGGAAUGAAAAGGAUCAAGAAAUUGUGUCCAGAGAUAAAAGGGACAGGAGAGACUUUGAGCAAAUAUCGAAUUUGGCUAAACGCAUGGGACUUUACUGCGAAAUAUAUGGCAAAGUUGUAGUUGCAAGCAAGGUGCCUCUCCCUAACUACAGGCCAGAUCUUGAUGAUAAGCGACCUCAGAGGGAGGUCGUUAUCCCAUUGAGUUUACAGAGGAGAGUUGAGGGUCUGCUUCAGGAACAUUUGGACCGAUUGCAGCUAAGUUGUGUUAAAAGCGAUGAAGCUUCAGGCGAAAGCAAAUCCAUGGAUCAGGUUGAAGAUGUGAAUAAUGAAGAAAAUCCUGACUCCCUCCUUGAUGGAUCUGUCAUGGAGAAGGUUCUCCAGAGACGGAGCUUGCGGAUGCGUAACAUGCAGAGGGCUUGGCAGGAAUCACAUGAAGGAAGAAAGAUGCUGGAUUUUCGGAAAUCUCUCCCUGCAUUCAGGGAGAAGGAAAGGCUGCUUCAAUCUAUUGCAAAUAAUCAGGUGGUUGUGAUAUCUGGGGAGACUGGGUGUGGUAAGACCACCCAACUUCCUCAGUACAUAUUAGAGUCAGAAAUAGAAUCUGGUCGUGGAGCAUUUUGUAGCAUAAUUUGCACACAGCCACGUAGAAUAUCUGCUAUGGCUGUUGCAGAAAGAGUAUCUACAGAAAGAGGAGAGCCUCUUGGUGAAUCAGUUGGUUUUAAAGUGAGGCUAGAGGGAAUGAAGGGAAAAAACACACAACUUCUCUUUUGCACAAGUGGCAUUUUACUCCGUCGGCUAUUGAGUGACCACAACCUGAAUGGUAUUACUCAUGUCUUCGUGGAUGAAAUUCAUGAGCGUGGCAUGAAUGAAGACUUCCUGUUGAUUGUAUUGAAGGAUCUUCUUGUGCAACGUCGAGAUUUAAGGUUGAUUUUGAUGAGUGCUACUCUAAAUGCUGAUCUGUUCUCCAGUUAUUUUGGAGGAGCACCUAUAAUUCACAUUCCGGGAUUCACGUAUCCCGUGAGAACUCACUUUCUGGAAGAUGUACUGGAAAUGACUGGAUAUAAGCUGACUUCAUUCAACCAAAUUGAUGAUUAUGGCCAAGAGAAGGUAUGGAAAACACAAAAGCAGCUAGCUCCACGAAAGAAGAAGAAUCAGAUAACAUCUCUUGUUGAGGAUGCUCUGAAUAACUCAAACUUUGAGAAUUAUAGUGCCAGAGCACGUGAUUCACUCUCAUGUUGGACACCUGAUUGUACUGGGUUCAAUCUUAUAGAGGCUGUUUUAUGCCAUAUAUGUCGGAAGGAACGACCUGGUGCUGUGCUGGUAUUUAUGACUGGUUGGGAGGAUAUUAGUUGCUUGAGGGAUCAAAUUAAAGCUCAUCCACUGUUAGGUGACCCUAACAGGGUGCUUCUACUUACAUGUCAUGGUUCAAUGGCAACCGCUGAACAGAAACUCAUAUUUGAGAAGCCACCUCCAAAUGUUCGUAAAAUUGUACUUGCUACUAAUAUGGCUGAGGCUAGUAUUACAAUCAAUGACAUAGUUUUUGUGGUUGAUUGCGGAAAAGCAAAGGAGACUACCUAUGACGCACUGAAUAACACUCCUUGUUUACUGCCUUCGUGGAUAUCCCAGGCUUCUGCUCGGCAAAGAAGGGGUAGAGCUGGUCGUGUGCAGCCGGGUGAGUGCUACCAUCUGUACCCACGGUGUGUUUUUGAAGCUUUUGCUGAAUACCAACUUCCUGAAUUGUUGAGAACUCCUUUAAAUUCUCUCUGCUUACAAAUCAAAAGUUUGCAAGUUCGAAGUAUAGGAGAAUUUCUUUCAUCUGCCCUUCAGCCUCCUGAACCUUUGGCGGUGCAAAAUGCUGUUGGGUUUUUAAAGAUGAUUGGUGCAUUAGAUGAAAGUGAAAAUCUUACAAAUCUUGGGGAGUUUUUAUCGGUGCUUCCUGUGGAUCCAAAGCUUGGGAAGAUGCUGAUUAUGGGUGCUGUUUUUCGUUGCUUUGAUCCAGUUUUGACAAUUGUGGCUGGCCUUAGUGUCAGGGAUCCUUUCCUUUUGCCUCAAGACAAAAAGGAUUUGGCAGGGACAGCUAAGUCAAGAUUCUCCGUUAAAGACUAUAGCGACCAUAUGGCUCUUGUCCGUGCAUAUGAAGGAUGGAAGGAUGCAGAGAGAGAAGGAUCUGCAUAUGAGUACUGUUGGAGGAACUUCCUCUCUGUCCAGACUCUUCAAGCCAUCCAUUCUCUUCGGAAGCAGUUCAGCUUUAUUUUGAAAGACGCUGGAUUGUUGGAUGCGGAUGCAGCAACAAACAAUAAAUUAAGUCAUAAUCAAUCAUUGGUCCGGGCAGUUAUAUGCUCUGGCUUGUUUCCUGGAGUUGCAUCUGUAGUGCACAGGGAGACGUCAAUGUCUUUCAAGACAAUGGAUGAUGGUCAGGUCUUACUAUAUGCGAAUUCUGUGAAUGCCCGCUAUCAAACAAUACCGUAUCCAUGGUUGGUUUUUGGUGAAAAAGUGAAGGUGAAUACUGUUUUCUUACGUGAUUCCACUGGAGUAUCUGAUUCAAUCUUGAUCCUUUUUGGUGGUGCCCUCAACUGUGGAACUCUGGCUGGACAAUUGAAGAUGUUAGAAGGAUAUAUUGAGUUUUUUAUGGAUCCUAGCUUGGCUGAGUGCUACCUGAAGCUGAAGGAGGAGAUGGAAAACCUUCUGCGGAAGAAGUUUCAAGAUCCUAGUCUUGAUAUCCAUAAAGAGGGGAAAUACCUCAUGCUUGCUGUACAAGAAUUGGUGUCGGGAGAUCAGUCUGAGGGGAGAUUUGUUUUUGGUCGUGAAAGCAAGCGGGUGAAAGAGUCCACUGACAAUGACAGAUUUACAAGAGAUGGGAUGAACCCCAAGAGCCUGCUACAAACUCUGUUGAUGAGGGCUGGUCACUCUCCUCCUAAAUAUAAAAUCAAGCACCUCAAGACAAAUGAAUUUAGGGCAUUGGUAGAGUUCAAGGGAAUGCAGUUUGUGGGUAAACCAAAGAGAAGCAAAGCACUUGCAGAGAGGGAUGCCGCUGUUGAGGCAUUGGCUUGGUUGACACACACCGACAAAAAGCAUGAUGAAGAUGACAAGUCUCAGCCUGACGUCACUGACAACAUGCUAAAACUUCUUGGCAAAAGGAGGAGGUCCAAAAGACGUUGAAUUUGGUGUGGUUUUGAUGUCUUUUAACUGCUAUGCUGCUGUAGAGUGAUAACUGCAUAGCCUCAGCAUGCUGAGGAUAGCACAACAAAACCUGUUGAAAUUUUGUCAAAAGUGCGAGUGGCCAUUGGAAGAAUGAACAUUCAAAUCCCUUUGGCUGCUGCUUCCGCGCUAUCAAGUGAAGGGUUGAUUGAAGCGCUUUAUGUUGCUUGCACUAUUCAUUGGUACUUGGGAUACUAUUGGAUAGUGAAUAUAAUGGCUUCAACAGGUACAAGGUAGGAAAAUUCUGCUGUCCUAUAGUGAUUAAAUGGUUCCGCAUCCAUGAGAGGGGCAUUGUUGUACAUAGGCCAAGUUCAUUUUGGUAGCUUGUAAUAGAGUGGCUGUAUAUUUACGGCUCGACAAGCAAAUUUGAGGGCAGAUGCAGGGAAAGCUUUUAGGUAUUUCUAUAGUUAGGCUGCAUUUUAAGUAAAGAAUACUAUGAUUGAAAUUUUAUGCAAAUAAUAGCGAGCAGUUUAAUUCCACAA